GGCGGACCCCGGCUCCGGUUGCUCCUCGGGCCGCGGGGUUCCCGACGGGGACGCAGCGCAAGGAGGGAGCGCGGCGGCCCCGAGUCCCCCUGAGCCAUGGGCAACGAGGCGAGCUUGGAAGGGGAAGGGCUCCCGGAAGGGCUGGCGGCGGCAGCGGCGGCGGCAGCAGCCGGAGGAGGGGCUGGCGGGGCAGGGAGCUCCUUGCACACCGUGAUCCCGGCCGGCAUGGAGGCGGAUCUGAGCCAGCUGAGCGAAGAGGAGAGGAGACAGAUCGCCGCUGUCAUGUCAAGGGCGCAGGGGCUGCCCAAGGGAAGCGUUCCCCCGGCCGCUGCGGAGCCGCCUUCCAUGCACAGGAAGCAAGAGUUGGAUAGUAGUCAUCCUCCAAAGCAACCAGGAAAACCGCCGGACCCUGGGCGUCCGGCUCAGCCUGGUCUCAGUAAGAGUAGAACUACGGACACUCUGAGGUCAGAGCAAAAGUCGCCUGGAAGGAGUCCUUCCACUAUUAGCUUGAAAGAAUCAAAGUCCAGAACUGAUUUGAAGGAAGAGCACAAGACUAGUAUGAUGCCUGGCUUCCUCUCAGAGGUUAACCCUUUAAGUGCUGUCUCCUCUGUUGUAAAUAAAUUGAAUCCUUUUGAUUUGAUAUCAGACUCUGAUGCAUCCCAGGAAGAAACUGCCAAGAAACAAAAAAUAGCUCAGAAAGAACAAGGAAAACCGGAAGGAAUCACUAAGCCUCCAUCACAACAGUCACCUAAGCCAGGUCCAAAGCAGCAAGGACCUGUGAGGGUCCCACCACAGCAGGAUGGCUCUCCCAAAUCAGUAUCUUCUCAGCAGCCGGAAAAAAUGAAGUCACAACCUCCAGGGACAGGCAAGCCAAUUCAGGGGCUUACCCAGUCACCUCAGACAGACCAGGUACAGUGGCCACUUCAAAGAGAUGCAGCCAGGCCUCAGACUAAACAGUCUGAUGCUGUAAGGGGAGAAUCUGUUAAACCUGCACUGCAAAGCCCAUCCAAACCACCUAUUCAGCAAGCAAGCCCUGGAAAACCUCCAGCCCAGCAACCUGGACCUGAAAAAGUUGCCACGCCACACCCUGGGCCUGCAAAGCCCUCAGCUCAACAACCAGGGACAGCAAAGCCUACUGUUCAGCAGCCUGGGCCGAAGUCUUCAGCUCAGCCUCUUGGGCCUGUGAAGACUCAAGUACAACAGGCUGGGGGAGAGAAACUUCCAUCUCAGCAGCCAGGGCCAGCAAAGCCCCCAGCCCAGCAGCCAGGGACACCAAAGUCCCCAGCUCAGCUGCCUGGGCCUGCAAAAACUCCUUCUCAGCCGGUUGGGCCAACAAAGUCUCUGGCUCAGCAGCCUAGCCCGGCCAAGCCCCUUCCUCAGCAGCCUGGACCAGGCAAGCCCCCUCCUCAGCAGCCUGGCCCGGCCAAGCCCCCUCCUCAGCAGCCUGGCCCGGCCAAGCCCCCUCCUCAGCAGCCUGGCCCGGCCAAGCCCCCUCCUCAGCAGCCUGGACCGGCCAAGCCCCCUCCUCAGCAGUCUGGCCCGGCCAAGCCCCCCCCUCAGCAGCCUGGCCCGGCCAAGCCCCCUCCUCAGCAGCCUGGCCCGGCCAAGCCGCCUGGCCCGGCAAAGCCCCCUCCUCAACAGCCUGGCCCUGCAAAGCCUUCACCUCAGCAGCCUGGUCCAGUAAAACCUCCCCAACAGCCUGGCCCAGCAAAGGCUUCAGCUCAGCAGUCUCCAAAACCAGUAAGCCAAACAGGAGCUGGGAAACCUCUGCAGCCACCAGCUUCUCCAUCUGCGGCACAGACUCCAGUACAAGGCCUCCCUAAAACCAUCUGUCCUCUUUGCAAUACCACUGAACUUAUGUUGCAUGUUCCAGAAAAGGCCAAUUUUAACACAUGCACUGAGUGUCAAACCACUGUAUGUAGCCUCUGUGGCUUUAAUCCCAAUCCUCAUUUAACGGAGAUAAAAGAGUGGCUCUGUUUAAACUGUCAGAUGAAAAGAGCUCUAGGAGGUGAUCUGGCUCCAGUUCCACUAUCCCCUCAGCCUAAACCGAAGACUGCCCCCGUGACUCCUCCAUCCGCAGUGAGCAAACCGUCCCCACAGCCACAGCAGACUUCUCCAAAGAAGGAUACUGUACCCAAACAGGAUCUCUCAAAGGCCCCUGAGUCUAAAAAGCCCCCACCACUAGUGAAACAACCAACCAUUCACGGAUCUCCCCCAGUUGCAGCCAAGCAGCCUUCUGUGGCUGAGUCUUCAUCCAAGCCAACCCCUCCCAAAGAGCCUUUGGUCCCAUCUGAGCAGGCCAAGGUCCCCAUGGCUGAGGAUAAACCAAAGCAGCUCAAGACAGUGAAACUAGCCACAGACGUUGUGUCUUCAGCACCAACAGCAGCAAAACCUGAUACUCCAAGCUCUAAAGUACAGUCGGAGGAUCAACAGAUAACAGCCCCUCCUCCGAAAACAGAUGCUGCCAAACCCUCACAGAGUUUUCCACCAAUGGGAGAAAAAGUCACCCCCAUCGAUUCUAAAGUCAUACCCCGACCUGCAUCAGAUUCAAAAAUUCUUUCACACCCUGGGCCUAGUUCAGAGACUAAAGGUCAAAAGCAAGUUGAUUCAGUUCAAAAGAGGGAAGAACCCAAGAAAGCACAAACCAAGAUGAGUCCGAAGCCAGAUGCCAAGCCAAUGCCAAAAGGGUCGCCUCCAGCCCCAGGCCCACGACCUACCACUGGCCAAACUGCCCCCCUAUCUCAGCAGCCCCCGAAGCCUCAGGAGCAGUCAAGACGCUUCAGUCUGAAUCUGGGAAGUAUUACCGAUGCCCCCAGGUCACAGCCCACGACGCCUCAAGAAACUGUGACUGGAAAGCUCUUUGGGUUUGGAGCAUCGAUCUUCAGCCAGGCAUCAAAUUUGAUCUCCACCGCGGGCCAGCCUGGGUCUCAGUCUCAGAGCGGGCCUGGGGCCCCGACAAAACAAGGCCCUCCUCCUCCACAACCACCUUCUCAGGGGCCACCCAAAGCCACAGGUCAGGGGCCACCAGCACCUGCAAAGGUUAUCUCUGUGAAAAAAGAAACGAAAGCUCCAGUGGCUGAAAAAUUAGAGCCCAAAGCUGAACAAGUUCCAAACGUAAAAAGAGCAGAAACCGAAAAGAAGCCUCCACUUGUUAAGGAUAGCAAACCUUCAGCAGCAGAGCCUCAAAAGCCUGUCCUAACGCCCAAGGUGGAGAAGACUCCCAGACCAGAAUCAACCUGUCCUCUCUGCAAAACUGAACUCAAUGUCGGUUCAAAGGAGCCUCCUAACUUCAAUACUUGCACGGAAUGCAAGAAUCAAGUGUGUAAUCUCUGUGGAUUUAACCCUACACCACACUUGACAGAGAUUCAAGAAUGGCUUUGUUUAAAUUGCCAAACCCAGAGAGCAAUAUCAGGACAGCUCGGAGAUAUGGGCAAAAUGCCACCUACACCUUCAGGACCAAAAGCCUCUCCUAUGCCUGUCCCUCCAGAACAACCAUCUCAGAAAACAGCAAUGCCUCCCCAAGCAAAAAUGAAAAAGAAGGAACAAGAAGUAAAAACAGAAGCUGAGCAAAUACUUCCAGAAAAAGUGAAAGAAAUACCAUCAGUUGAAAAGAUUCUCCCAAAGGUGACCACAGAUCACAAACAAGAGAGUCAACUAGAGAAAGAUAAAACUUCAGCCCCUCAAGAAGAAAAGCCACCCUCUGAGGACAAAAAGUCACUCCCAGAAGAAAAAAAGCCACCUCCUGAAGAAAAGAAACCAACCUCUGAAGAAAAAAAGCCAGCACCUGAAGACAAAAAGUUACCUCCAGUAACAAAACCAUCAGCUCUAGAGGAGGAACAGAAACAAGACUUAUUUAAAACUCAAAUACCAACCACUGAAGAAAAGCCAGAAGACAUAGUGACUCCACAGGUAGUACAGGAGACGCCACCACAGACCAAAAUGGAAGAUAAACCCUGUGGCCCGCCUCCAAGUUUGCCCAAGGAAGACGAUGAGGCAACUCAAACAAUGAAAGAACAACCACAGGCAGCAGGCACAGCAAAGCCUGAUCAGGUGGAACCUGGGAAAGAAAAAACAGAAAAGGAAGAUGACAAAUCAGACACCUCAAGUUCUCAGCAACCAAAAAGCCCACAAGGUCUGAGUGACACAGGAUAUUCUUCUGAUGGGAUAUCAAGUUCACUUGGUGAAAUUCCAAGUCUUAUUCCAAGUGAUGAAAAAGAUUUGCUCAAGGGACUCAAAAAGGACUCUUUUUCACAAGAAAGCAGCCCUUCCAGCCCCUCAGAUUUGGCUAAGUUAGAAAGUACGGUCCUAUCCAUUUUGGAAGCUCAGGCAAGUACACUUGUUGAAGAAAAAACAGAAAAGAAAACCCAACCUCCUGAGGUUACUUGUGAGCCGCCCAAGGACCAAACAAAAACUCAGAGUUUAUCUGAAACCCUAGAAACCACAGUUGCAGAAGAGGAGCUCACAAAGAGUCAAGAAGAAAAAGACAUGUUAAAAAAAGAUAGCCAACAAGAUGGUCCUUCCAGAAAGGACCGUGAAGAGAAGUCCGAGUUUGUUGAUGACACAGCUACUAGAAGACAGUCUUAUGAUUCAGUUGAAGACAGUAGUGAAAGUGAGAACUCACCUCUUCCACAAAGAAAACGGAGAACUAGUGUUGGUUCAUCGAGCAGUGAUGAGUAUAAACAGGAAGAUAGUCAAGGAUCUGGUGAAGAGGAGGACUUUAUUCGAAAGCAGAUCAUAGAAAUGAGUGCUGAUGAAGAUGCUUCAGGUUCUGAAGAUGAUGAGUUCAUUAGGAGCCAACUCAAAGAGAUAAGUAGCAGCCUUGAGAACCAGAAGAAGGAAGAAACAAAAGGGAAAGGAAAGGUGACACCAGGGAAACAUAGGCGACUAACUCGGAAAAGCAGUACAGGCUUUGAUGAUGAUGCAGGGAGACGCCAUUCAUGGCAUGAUGAAGAUGAUGAGACAUUCGAUGAAAGUCCUGAGCUUAAGUACAGAGAGACCAAAAGUCAGGAGAGUGAAGAGCUUGUAAUUGCUGGAGGAGGAGGGCUACGUCGAUUCAAAACAAUUGAACUUAACAGCACAAUAGCAGAUAAAUACUCUGCAGAGUCCUCACAGAAAAAAACAAUUUUGUAUUUUGACGAGGAGCCAGAAUUAGAAAUGGAAAGCCUGACGGACUCUCCAGAAGAUAGGUCAAGGGGGGAAGGAUCUUCUAGUCUUCAUGCUUCCAGCUUCACCCCUGGCACAUCCCCUACGUCAGUGUCAUCACUGGAUGAGGACAGUGACAGUAGCCCGAGUCACAAAAAGGGAGAGAGCAAACAACAACGUAAAGCUCGGCACAGGUCACAUGGUCCUCUUUUACCUACUAUUGAAGAUUCUUCAGAGGAAGAAGAAUUGAGAGAGGAAGAAGAAUUAUUAAAGGAGCAAGAAAAGCAGCGGGAAUUGGAGCAGCAGCAAAGAAAGACUUCUAGUAAGAAAUCAAAGAAAGAUAAAGAUGAACUUCGAGCACAGAGAAGGAGGGAAAGACCAAAGACACCACCCAGUAAUCUCUCUCCCAUUGAAGAUGCAUCUCCAACGGAGGAGUUACGUCAGGCUGCAGAAAUGGAGGAACUCCAUCGAUCUUCUUGUUCUGAAUACUCACCUAGCAUAGAGUCAGACCCGGAAGGUUUUGAAAUAAGCCCAGAAAAAAUAAUAGAAGUGCAAAAAGUUUAUAAAUUGCCCACAGCUGUGUCUUUGUUCUCUCCAACAGAUGAGCAAUCUAUUAUGCAGAAAGAAGGUGGCCAAAAGGCAUUAAAAAGUGCCGAGGAGAUGUAUGAAGAAAUGAUGCAUAAAACCCACAAAUAUAAAGCUUUUCCAGGUGCAACUGAACGAGAUGAAAUAUUUGAAAAAGAGCCUUUGUAUGGUGGGAUGUUAAUAGAGGAUUAUAUUUAUGAAUCUCUAGUAGAGGACACAUACAAUGGUUCAGUAGAUGGCAGUCUGCUAACAAGGCAAGAAGAUGAAAAUGGAUUUAUGCAGCAGAGAGGGAAAGAUCAAAAAAUAAGAAUUCCAGAACAGAUUUAUGAAGAUCCUAUGCAAAAAAUAACAGACCUCCAGAAAGAGUUUUAUCAGUUAGAAAGCUUACAUUCUGUUGUGCCUCAAGAAGACAUCGUUUCAAGCUCUUUUAUCAUCCCAGAAAGCCAUGAGAUAGUGGAUCUGGGUAGUAUGGUAACUUCUACCAGUGAAGAAAAAAAAUUACUAGAUGCUGAUGCUGCCUAUGAAGAACUCAUGAAGAGGCAACAGAUGCAGUUAACACCUGGAUCCAGUCCAACCCAGCCCCCCAUCACGGACGAUAUGACUGAGUCUACCAUGGACUUUGACAGGGUGCCUGAUGCAUCUUUGACAUCAAGUGUUCUCUCGGGGGCAUCUCUUACAGAUUCCACCAGCAGUGCAACGCUUUCUAUCCCAGAUGUCAAAAUAACCCAACAUUUCUCAACAGAAGAAAUUGAGGAUGAAUAUGUAACUGAUUAUACAAGGGAAAUUCAAGAGAUAAUUGCCCACGAAUCACUGAUUUUGACCUACUCCGAGCCUUCAGAAAGUGCUACAUCUGUCCCACCCUCUGACACACCCUCUCUCACGUCAUCUGUUUCUUCAGUUUGUACCACAGAUAGCUCCUCACCCAUUACUACACUGGAUAGCAUAACCACAGUUUAUACAGAGCCCGUGGACAUAGUAACUAAACUGGAAGAUUCUGAGAUUUCUUCAUCAACGUAUUUUCCAGGCAGCAUCAUAGACUAUCCAGAAGAAAUAAGUGUAUCUUUAGAUCGGACUGCCAUACCAGAUGGAAGAACUAGUGCCGAUCAUGUUGUGAUUUCCUUAUCUGAUAUGGAACCUCCUAUCAUAGAAUCUGUAGGAACUGUACCUGAGGGGCUCAUUGCUGACACUGUUUCCACUGACUCAUCUACAUCUGAAAAAGACCCAGGGAAGAAAGACAAGAGGGACACUGGGAAUGGAAUUAUUCUCGAGGUUUUAGAAGCUUACAGAGAUAAAAGGGAAAAGUCUGAGGUUGAACUAACAAAAAUGGGCUUAUCUGAAACUGUGUUUGAUCAUCCUCCUUCUUCUGCUGGUGCCAUGGAGGAGCAGGUUCUAGCAACAUGCUUUCUGUCUGGACAGGUCUUUGAUCAAGCAAAACCUGCAUCUCCAUUACCAUCUGGCAGUCCUUCUGUUACGUCUCUUCCAACGAAAUCUCAUCCAUUCUUUAGAAGUUCUUCUUUGGAUGCAUCAGCCCAACCUCCUCCCCCACCUCCCCCUCCCCCUCCUCCACCACCUCCUCCUCCUCCCCCUCCUCCUCCACCUCUUCCUCCACCAACCUCACCUAAACCACCUGUUCAUCCUAAAAAAAAGCUAACAGUUACAGCUCCAGUGACUCUAACUACUACAGCUACACCUCUAGUUGAUGCUGUUACUACAGUAGAGGCCACAGCUCUUCCAAGAAGUAGUGGCUUACCUGUAACAAAAAUAUGUACCACUGCGCCUCCUCCUGUUCCUCCUAAACCAUCUUCCAUCCCAUGUGGACUUGUAUUUACACACAGACCUGAGCCAAGUAAACCUCCAAUUGCCCCAAAACCAGCAGUUCCUCAGCCUCCAGUAUCUACACAAAAAUCAGCAGAUACACACCCCAAACCGACAGGUCUAUCUUUAACUUCAAAUAUGACACUAAAUUUAGUGACUUCAGCAGAUUAUAAAUUACCUUCCCCUACUUCCCCACUUUCUCCUCACUCUAACAAGUCCUCCCCAAGAUAUUCCAAAUCCCUCAUGGAAACCUACGUGGUUAUCACAUUGCCAUCUGAACCUGGGACUCCAACAGAUUCUUCAGCUAGUCAAGCGAUUACCAGUUGGCCCCUGGGAUCACCCCCCAAAGACCUGAUUUCCAUCGAACCAGUGUUUUCUGUAGUUCCUCCUUUAACAACUGCAGGAAUGCCAAGUACUUCAGAACAGAGCUUAUACCUCUCUGGAACUCUGGAGACAUUUUCUGCCCUCCCUGUCACAGCGCUCUCUUCAUUUCAAGCAGCCCCAACUUCAGGAACACAGUUUUUCACAACUGAAGUUUCUAAGGCUGAGGUUUCAGCAGCCAGAAGUGCAGUCCCUAGUGUUGGUAGAAGUGCAGUCCCUAGUGUUGGUCUCAGCAGCGUCACUAUCUCAGUUCCUCCAGAGCCUCUUGCUCUAGAUAACCUACAUUUAGAGAAGCGUCAGCAUAAGGAAAAUGGAAAGGUGCAGCUUGUUGGGGAUGCCAUUGAUUUGCGUACGGUACCAAAAGUGGAAGUGAAAGCGACUGAAAAGUGUAUGGAUCUUUCUGCUUCCACUAUGGAUAUGAAAAGGCAGAUCACUGCCAGUGACGUUUAUGGCAGACAGAUGAGUGCUGUCCAACCCUCUAUUAUAAAUCUCAGCGCUACUCCAUCAGUAGUAAGGCCAAUGGCCGUGGUCACUGAGACAGUGACUAUUGCCACAUGUGCCGCUAGUUCAAGUUACACCACUGGCGCAGAAAGCACAAUGGGCACAGCACAUGCAACAACAGCACCACUCCAGCUUACUACAUCAAAGCAUGCUGAGCCCCCCUACAGGAUACCAAGUGGCCAGGUUUUCCCUGCAGUUAGGGAGGACGCACCCAUAAAUUUAUCCUUGGGUACCUCAGCACACCCGGUGACAUCAACUAUUACAAAACCUGUGACUGUGCCUCCUGUUGGUGUCACAAAUGGAUGGACUGAUGGCAUCACAUCCCAGGGGAUCACUGACGGGGAAGUAGUAGACCUCAGUACAACAAAGUCUCACAGAACUGUUGUAACAAUGGAUGAAUCUACCUCCGGUGCAGUGACCAAAAUAAUAGAAGACGACGAAAAGCCUGUUGACCUGACUGCAGGGAGAAGAGCUGUAUGCUGCGACAUGGUUUAUAAGUUACCCUUUGGAAGGAGCUGCACAGCGCAGCAGCCUCCAACUACUCUUCCUGAGGAUCGUUUUGGUUAUAGGGAUGACCACUAUCAAUACGAUCGAUCAGGGCCAUAUGGAUAUAGGGGGAUUGGGGGAAUGAAACCUUCCAUGUCUGACACAAAUUUAGCAGAAGCCGGACAUUUUUUCUAUAAAAGUAAAAAUGCUUUUGAUUAUUCUGGAGGAUCUGAUGCAGCAGUAGAUCUAACUUCAGGGAGAAUUACUACAGGUGAGGUAAUGGAUUACUCAAGCAAGACCACAGGUCCAUAUCCCGAAACACGGCAAGUCAUUUCAGAAGUUGGGAUUAGUACACCACAGUAUUCCACAGCCAGAAUGACUCCACCUCCAGGAUCCCAGUAUGGUGUGGGGAGCGUUUUGAGGUCAUCUAAUGGUGUUGUCUAUUCUUCAGUAGCCACUCCAAUUCCCUCCACAUUUGCUAUCACCACGCAACCUGGCUCCAUUUUCAGCACCACGGUGAGGGAUUUGUCUGGUGUGCACACAGCUGACACAGUGACGCCAUUAUCUGCCCUGCACCAGAGCCAGCCAAUGCCUAGAUCAUAUUUCCUAACAACAGGUGCAUCUGAAACAGACAUUGCGGCAACCGGUAUUGAUAUCAAUGCCAGUUUGCAAACUCUUACAAUGGAAACGCUUGCUGCUGAGACAAUAGACACAGUGCCCACUUUAACCACAGCCUCGGAAGUGUUUUCUGAAGUGGUGGGAGAUGAAAGCGCUAUUUUAAUCGUCCCUGAAGAAGAUAAACAACAGCAGCAGCUCGACUUGGAGCGUGAGCUCUUGGAACUGGAGAAAAUUAAGCAGCAGCGUUUUGCUGAGGAACUGGAGUGGGAACGUCAGGAAAUUCAGAGGUUCCGGGAACAAGAAAAGAUCAUGGUUCAAAAAAAGCUGGAGGAGCUGCAGUCUAUGAAGCAGCACCUUCUUUAUCAGCAGGAAGAAGAGCGGCAAGCCCAGUUCAUGAUGAGGCAGGAGACGCUAGCUCAGCAGCAGUUGCAGUUGGAGCAGAUCCAGCAGCUGCAGCAACAGCUUCACCAGCAGCUGGAAGAGCAGAAGAUUCGCCAGAUCUACCAGUAUAACUACGACCCUUCUGGAACUGCUUCUCCACAGACCACGACGGAGCAGGCAGUUUUGGAAGGUCAGUAUGCCGCCCCAGAAGGCAGUCCGUUUUGGGCCACUGAGGAUGCAACCACCACCGCGUCCGCCGUCAUGGCCAUUGAAAUCCCGCAGAGCCAAGGGUGGUACACGGUUCAGUCUGACGGUGUUACUCAAUACAUUGCCCCACCUGGCAUCCUGAGUACUGUCUCAGAGAUCCCUCUGACGGACGUGGUGGUAAAAGAUGAGAAACCGCCCAAAAAGAGAAGCUCUGCAGCCAAAGUCCGUGGCCAGUAUGACGAGGUGGGGGACUCUGAUGAUCCCCGCUGCUUUAAAAAGAUCGUGGACAGUGGCGUGCAGACCGACGACGAGGACGCCGCGGAUCGGAGUUACGUGAGUAGGAGGAGGAGAACCAAGAAGAGUGUCGAUACGAGCGUCCAGACCGACGAUGAAGAUCAGGAUGAGUGGGAUGUGCCUACCAGAGCAAGGAGGAAAGCUCGCGCCGGCAAGUACGGUGACAGCACCGCGGAGGCCGACAAGACCAAACCCCUGGUCUCCAAAGUCUCCAGUAUAGCAGUCCAGACAGUAGCAGAGAUAUCUGUGCAGACUGAACCCGUUGGAACCAUAAGAACACCGUCCAUACGGGCGCGCGUGGAUGCCAAGGUAGAAAUAAUUAAACACAUUUCAGCACCUGAAAAGACUUACAAAGGGGGCAGUUUAGGAUGUCAAACAGAAGCAGAAUCAGACACACAGAGUCCUCCAUAUCUGAGUGCCACAUCUCCACCCAAAGACAAGAAACGCCCAACACCUUUAGAGAUUGGUUAUUCAUCUCACCUUCGGGCAGAUUCCACAUUACAGCUGGCUCCUUCCCCACCCAAAUCUCCAAAAGUCCUUUAUUCACCCAUCUCACCACUUUCACCAGGCAAAGCCUUAGAAUCAGCCUUUGUACCUUAUGAAAAACCCCUCCCUGAUGAUAUAAGUCCACAGAAAGUACUGCAUCCAGAUAUGGCUAAAGUGCCCCCCGCAAGUCCUAAGACAGCCAAGAUGAUGCAGCGGUCCAUGUCUGACCCCAAGCCUCUGAGUCCAACAGCAGAUGAAAGUUCCAGGGCUCCUUUUCAGUAUACCGAGGGCUACACGACAAAAGGUUCUCAAACCAUGACACCCUCUGGCACCCAGAAAAAAGUUAAAAGAACUCUGCCAAACCCACCCCCCGAGGAGACCUCCACAGGCACUCAGUCCACAUACAGCACAAUGGGCACAGUUUCCAGGAGGAGGAUCUGCAGAACCAACACAAUGGCACGAGCCAAGAUUCUCCAGGAUAUAGACAGAGAGCUUGAUCUUGUAGAAAGGGAAUCUGCAAAGCUGAGAAAGAAACAAGCAGAACUUGAUGAGGAAGAAAAGGAGAUUGAUGCCAAGUUACGGUACCUGGAAAUGGGAAUUAACAGGAGGAAGGAGGCAUUAUUAAAGGAGAGAGAAAAAAGAGAGCGAGCCUACCUCCAGGGAGUAGCUGAGGAUCGGGAUUACAUGUCUGACAGUGAGGUGAGCAGCACCCGACCAACCCGAAUAGAAAGUCAGCAUGGCAUAGAACGACCAAGAACUGCUCCCCAAACUGAAUUCAGCCAGUUUAUACCACCACAAACCCAAACAGAAUCUCAACUAGUUCCUCCUACAAGUCCUUAUACACAAUAUCAAUAUUCAUCCCCUGCUCUUCCUACCCAAGCACCUACCCCAUACACCCAACAGUCCCAUUUUCAGCAACAGACUUUGUACCAUCAGCAGGUUUCACCUUAUCAGACUCAACCAACAUUUCAGGCUGUGGCAACAAUGUCCUUCACACCUCAAGCUCAACCUACACCAGCCCCACAACCUUCUUACCAGUUACCGUCACAGAUGAUGGUGAUACAACAAAAGCCACGGCAAACUACAUUGUAUUUGGAGCCCAAGAUAACUUCAAACUAUGAAGUGAUUCGCAACCAACCCCUGAUGAUAGCACCUGUUUCUACUGAUAAUACUUAUGCUGUUUCUCAUCUUGGGAGUAAGUAUAAUAGCUUAGACUUGAGAAUAGGAUUGGAGGAAAGAAGUAGCAUGGCAAGCAGUCCAAUAUCAAGCAUAUCUGCAGAUUCUUUCUAUGCAGAUAUUGACCAUCAUACUCCACGAAAUUAUGUCCUAAUUGAUGACAUUGGAGAGAUUACCAAAGGAACAGCAGCAUUAAGCACUGCGUUUAGCCUUCAUGAAAAGGAUCUGUCAAAAACAGAUCGUCUCCUUCGAUCCACUGAAACACGUAGGUCUCAAGAAGUGACAGAUUUCCUAGCACCUUUACAGACUUCCUCGAGAUUGCAUAGUUAUGUGAAAGCAGAGGAAGAUCCCAUGGAAGAUCCCUAUGAGUUAAAGCUUCUGAAACAUCAGAUUAAACAAGAAUUCCGUAGAGGAGCAGAGAGUUUAGAUCACCUUGCUGGUCUUUCCCAUUAUUACCAUGCUGAUACGGGUUAUAGACAUUUUCCCAAAUCUGAAAAAUACAGCAUUAGCAGACUCACACUUGAGAAACAAGCAGCAAAACAACUACCAGCUGCCAUACUAUAUCAGAAACAAUCAAAGCAUAAGAAAUCACUAAUUGAUCCUAAAAUGUCAAAAUUUUCACCCAUUCAAGAAAGUAGAGAUCUUGAGCCUGAUUAUUCCAGCUAUAUGACUUCUAGCACUUCAUCUAUUGGUGGCAUUUCUUCCCGAGCAAGGCUUCUUCAAGAUGACAUCACUUUUGGCCUCAGAAAAAAUAUUACAGACCAACAGAAAUUUAUGGGGUCAUCUCUUGGCACAGGGCUGGGCACGUUAGGAAAUACCCUAAGGUCGGCUUUGCAGGAUGAAGCGGAUAAGCCAUACAGUAGUGGCAGCAGAUCCAGACCUUCUUCCAGACCUUCUUCUGUCUAUGGCCUUGACUUAUCAAUUAAAAGAGAUUCUUCCAGCUCUUCCCUAAGACUGAAAGCUCAAGAGGCUGAAGCUCUAGAUGUUUCCUUCGGUCAUGCAUCACCUUCUGGCAGAACUAAGCCGACCAGUUUACCAAUUAGCCAGAGCAGAGGAAGAAUACCAAUUGUGGCCCAAAAUUCUGAAGAAGAAAGUCCACUCAGUCCUGUUGGCCAGCCAAUGGGAAUGGCCAGGGCUGCAGCUGGACCCCUUCCACCAAUAUCUGCGGAUACCAGGGAUCAGUUUGGAUCAAGUCACUCAUUGCCUGAAGUUCAGCAACAUAUGAGAGAAGAAUCACGAACUCGAGGCUAUGACCGUGACAUAGCGUUCAUCAUGGAUGACUUCCAACAUGCCAUGUCAGACAGCGAAGCCUAUCAUCUGCGUCGUGAAGAAACAGAUUGGUUUGACAAACCCAGGGAGUCUCGUUUGGAAAAUGGACAUGGUCUGGAUCGCAAACUGCCAGAAAGAUUGGUCCACUCUAGACCAGUUAGUCAACAUCAAGAGCAAAUUAUGCAGCUGAACGGGAAGACUGUGCACUAUAUCUUUCCUCAUGCAAGGAUAAAAAUAACAAGAGACUCGAAGGAUCACACAGUUUCAGGUAAUGGAUUAGGAAUUAGAAUUGUGGGUGGUAAAGAAAUCCCUGGACAUAAUGGUGAAAUUGGAGCCUAUAUUGCCAAAAUUCUUCCUGGAGGAAGUGCAGAACAGACAGGGAAACUUAUAGAAGGGAUGCAAGUAUUGGAGUGGAAUGGAAUUCCUUUAACUUCUAAAACGUAUGAAGAAGUGCAGAGUAUCAUUAGUCAGCAAAGUGGGGAAGCAGAAAUAUGUGUAAGACUAGACCUCAAUAUGCUUUCAGACUCUGAAAAUCCCCAGCACCUGGAACUUCAUGAGCCACCGAAAGCUGUAGAUAAAGCGAAAUCCCCAGGGGUUGAUCCUAAGCAGUUGGCAGCAGAGCUCCAGAAGGUCUCCCUGCAACAGUCACCGCUGGUUCUGUCCUCCGUCGUGGAGAAAGGAUCUCACGUUCAUUCAGGCCCUACAUCAGCGGGAUCCAGUUCCGUUCCCAGCCCCGGGCAACCUGGGUCCCCCUCUGUGAGCAAAAAGAAACACAGCAGCAGCAAGCCUACUGAUGCAACGAAGGUGGCCUCUCAUCCGAUUACAGGGGAAAUUCAGCUUCAAAUCAACUAUGAUCUUGGAAAUCUCAUAAUCCAUAUUCUCCAAGCAAGAAACCUUGUCCCUCGAGACAACAAUGGUUACUCGGACCCCUUCGUGAAAGUGUACCUUCUUCCUGGGAGAGGUCAAGUCAUGGUUGUCCAGAAUGCAAGUGCUGAGUACAAGAGAAGGACUAAAUAUGUUCAAAAAAGUCUUAAUCCUGAAUGGAAUCAAACAGUAAUUUAUAAAAGUAUCUCCAUGGAACAGCUCAAGAAGAAAACCCUGGAGGUGACAGUCUGGGAUUAUGAUAGAUUUUCUUCCAAUGACUUUCUUGGUGAGGUAUUGAUUGAUUUAUCUAGCACAUCUCAUCUCGAUAACACUCCUAGAUGGUAUUCUCUCAAAGAACAGACUGAAAGCAUUGAUCAUGGCAAGUCUCAUUCCAAUCAGAGCAGCCAGCAGUCUCCAAAGCCAUCUGUCAUCAAAAGCAGAAGCCAUGGUAUCUUCCCUGACCCAUCCAAGGACAUGCAGGUUCCCACCAUUGAGAAAUCCCACAGUAGUCCCGGUAGCUCGAAAUCCUCCUCCGAAGGCCACCUGCGCUCUCACGGACCGUCGCGCAGUCAGAGCAAAACCAGCGUCACCCAGAGCCACCUGGAAGAUGCUGGGGCUGCCAUAGCCGCUGCCGAAGCCGCGGUGCAGCAGCUCCGCCUGCAACCAACAAAGCCUACCAAUCACCGGCCUGCAGAAAGCUCCGUGUCCACCGGCUCCUCGGGCAGCAGCUUUGGCAGUGGGUAUAGCGUGGACAGUGAAGGAAGCAGCAGCACCGCAGGGGAGACUAAUCUAUUUCCUAUUCCAAGGAUAGGAAAGAUGGGGCAGAAUGGGCAAGAGCCUGUAAAGCAGCCAGGAGUAGGAGUGGGACUAGCAGACACAGAGGUCAAAACUCAGGUAAUGGGAGAAAUCAAGAUUGCAUUGAAGAAGGAAAUGAAGACAGAUGGUGAACAACUAAUAGUUGAGAUUCUCCAGUGCAGAAAUAUCACCUAUAAAUUUAAAUCUCCCGAUCACUUACCAGAUUUAUAUGUAAAAAUAUAUGUGAUGAACAUCUCUACCCAGAAAAAGGUGAUCAAGAAAAAAACGAGAGUAUGCCGACAUGAUAGAGAGCCUUCGUUCAAUGAAACUUUUAGAUUCAGCCUCAGCCCUGCUGGACAUUCUCUUCAGAUUUUACUUUUCUCCAAUGGAGGGAAGUUUAUGAAAAAGACCUUGAUUGGCGAAGCCUGUAUCUGGCUUGACAAAGUGGAUCUCAGAAAAAGAAUAGUCAACUGGCACAAACUUUUGGUCAGUCCUACUCAAACCCAUUGAAGAAAUGUGUCUGCUCAGGGUAUAGAAACUGCUCUAAAUAAUUUCAAAUGAAGACUAGAUUUGGAUACGAUUCUACAGUGUUUUUAGGGCUAAACGUGAGAGGAGGAGCCACAGGCAAACACAUACUUAAAGCUUUGUGAAUAUUUUGUUGUGGAACACAGAAAGAAAACUCAAAAAGUUCACAUAUUGGAGACCCCCCCAAAAAGAGCUUUGAGUCCUUGGAUUGCUUCAAGAAAAAGAGAAAAGAGUGAGAGCUAUUUUGAUUACUUAAGGCACAAAUCUUUGAGCAGAGUUGAACUAUAGCUACGGGCAGCUGCUCGAAUAUUAAUAUGGUUCCUGAUGCAAGACAAAGUUCAUCAUUUAUGCAAAAGAAACUUGGAAGAAAAAGAACUGAUGCAACAAAUCUCAGUUUUCAGAAGUCUAAAGAUCUUGCUUCAUCUUAUUUUCUCAGAUGACUUACUGUUUUUAGAUUCUGACAUAGGAUACAACUACAGUAUGCAUUCAAGACUAGAAGUGAGGUGGUUGUGUUCAGAGGGAAAGGGUACUGGAGACGGAGAAGUUAUGGCUUUUAGAUUUUCUGUCUGUCUAAAUGUUACAAGCGGGAACAAUACCAACCUUGGAAUUCAUGUCGUAAAAGCACAUUUGUAUUAUUCAAAAUGAUGUAGAGGGAAGAUAAUACUAAGUGGAAAUGGAAUUACAUUUAUCUAGAAAUAAGGCCAUGAUUGGCUCGCACUGAAUGUUGCCCCACAGAAAUAUUGGAACCUUGGUUGAAGACAUCAAAAUCUCCUUAACUGACCAUUAAGCCAAUACAUUUUCAAUGUACAUACCAAAGAACAUAGAUUAAAAUGGUAUGUUCCAGGAAGUCUGAACAGUUUUUCUUUGUGGAAUUGCAAAUAAAUGUUAUUCCACAUAUUUCCUUUGAAAUUGAAAGAGAAAAUUCUUCCUCUGGCAAACAAAUCAUAUUAAUCUGUGACAUGGAUUAAUUAACUUGGUGUCAUUUCCUGCUCUUCCAUGAUGCUUUUUUUGUCCUUAGCACACUGAUUGUAUGAUGAAAACCCUGACACCAAACUCAAGUUCCUCCCAGUGCUCCAUUUUUCUCCAUUAGUGACUGUAUCGUGGUGAUCAAGUUCAUCAAUAUUGGGAAAAUAAGUGAAAGUCAACAUUUAUAUUGAGAUUAAAAUAUAACUUGAGCUAUUUUAUUAGUAUGGAAUAAAGGGACCAAUGUCCAGGUCAUUAAAAUACAGCAUCCUCUUCUACAUCAACCGAUAGUAUAGACAAAGGAAGUAGAUUGGAAUUGUAGGAAAUGCACUCGGCUGGGAUGAAAAGCCUGGCUUCUGCCUUGGUCCUGCCACUAACUGUAUUACCUUGCACAUGUCACUUAAAGUCACUUUUUCCCAGUUUCUUAUUUGUAGGAUAAAAAUAAUUACCUAUUCCUGGCUUUCCUAAUGGGAUGUUGGGAUGAUCAAACCAAGUGAACUGUAAGGAAAAAAAGAAAGCACAUUUUCAGAUAUAGUUUUAUACAUAAAGUGAGGAAUAAUUAUUAUGCAGCUCUUUAUUUCUUCAAAUUUCAUAUGCAAAAACAUUCUCCACACGGAUGGUAAGCAUUGACUUGGAUAAAAGAAGUGUAUUCAGUCCAAAACUAUUGGUUUUUCUUUAAAAUAUAAACUUGAACCUGAGAAAAGGUGAAAAAUUAAAUCAAAAUAAUUUGCAAAUUGGGUUAUUAUCAAUGAAAUGAAUCAUACCAAUCUUAUACUCUUCCCAUAUCCUACCUUAAAAGAAAUUGCUUCUCAGAGCAUUCUGAGUUUGAAAGCUGCUUCUUCAUUCAAAGGUGAGGUUUUAGUGGAUUUCAAGAAAUCAUCUCCAAAUACGUUGGUUGGAUAUGGAAUUUUCUCACUUUUAAAGAAAAACAUGCUUUAAAUUUGAAAGGAAUCGAUUAAAUGUAAAACAGUGAAAAUAAAACAAUUUCUAAUAAGUUCCAGGCUAUAUAUCUUUAUUACAUUCCUAAAAACAUACAAAUUCACUCUUCCCCAAUCCAAGGAAGAAAACAGUCCCUUUUCCUCCCUCCUUUUUUUUUUUUUAACCUGACCUCCCUGAUAAUACAUUGUCAUUUACCACUGAUCCAGCUCUACAACAAGCUUGCAGGGAAGGGAUCGCUGAAGACUUGAUACUGCUAGGAUUUUAUUUUUAGAGACAACUAGAUCUGCUGAUGGUUGCUAUGGAUAUUUCCAGCAGAAGUGAGCACUUUAGGGAGCUUGUAAUAUCACUCAUCAUUGGGGAAGGGAAGGAUUCGGGAAGAUCUCUUUCUGACAUAAAAAGUUCUGCUGUUCACCCUUCAAAGGAAACCCUGGCUCACCACAGACCCUCUUCUGCAGCCAUGCACAUCCAGAGGUAUGCAUGAGAGGUAUGAGCAGUAGAUUUGACUUCAUUCUAGUUGCAGUUUCUUUUACAGUAACACAAAUGAGGUGCCACCAAAACACAGAUCAUCCCUUGGUAGCUAUUUGACCUGAAAGGGUAGGAGUCUCUUCAUUCUAGGUGCCCCUUUGUUCGGAGGAACCAGUGAUGGGGCCAGGUCAAUCACGAGAGCUAACGACAGGGCUUCAUUUUUGUGCACCAGCAUCCCCUUUCAGAGAGCAUAAGAUCCUGCCACAGUGUGCCAAGUUUGCAGCUGACCAAAAUCCUAAGUUGUACGGGAAUUAUUCUAUGCAACACUGAUCCUCGAACAAAUGCAUUUCUUCUGGAUGAUGUCGAUGACCCUUCUUACAACAAAGCUGUUUCUUUUUUAAUUGCGAAUAGGGCUCUUGGUGUUUUUUACUUUUUUGUAUAUAUCACAGCACAUAAUUUUCCACUUUUUCAUUUCUUUUAUUUUUUUUGGAAUCAGUUUUUUUUCUUAAUCCUACCAGUGACAAAGUUUGUAAUCUCUAAAUAAUAUAUGAUCAGUCCAAUUCCAACACCUGUAUCUCAAAAAGCAUCUUAAUUUCUCCCCACGACUUCAUUGAGUCAUCAGAAACUGGAGUUGCUUCUUGGUUCAAAACGUGGUCCUGAAGAAACUUCUGGCUAUAGGAGCAAAAGCACAGAGUGAAUUUUUACAAAAAACAGGGAUUUGUAGAAUGGUCAUGACAGACAUAGGUAAUGGUAUAAAUGAGAAGUUGGUGUUUCCCCCUGUUUUUACUUAAGGUUAAGAAGAUUUUUGGUGACUCUGAACUCUUUCUUUUCCAUUUCUGUUGAAAAGAACAGUAUCCAAGACUAAGGAGCAGUGAUCGUCUUUGUUCCUUAAUGUGCCCCUAUUGUAACUAAUCAUACAAAUAAAUGCAUAUUUUCAGCAUAUCAGUGGAAUUAGUUUUGUGGAUCACACACAUUAAAAUAGUCAUAUUGUGGGACUAUUAUAGCUGGUAACCAGCUGAUAUUGAUACUUACUAGGAAUGGUUGUGACAGUAGUGUUGAUAGUGGUAGUGACAAUAGGUCGGUGGUCAUGUGAAGUAAAAUAAAAUUCUAAACUAUAUUGUGCCCAAUUAAUUAGAAAUUAUUUGAUUGAUGUUUCAUUUCAUUAAGAUAUCAUAAAGAUGUUUAUAGUAUUUUUUUACUUUAUUAUUUAAAUCAUAACUAAUGAUAUUUUUAAAAGCUUAUUUUCAUUGCUAUAAUGUCUAAUAUUCCAAAAGCAGCCAACUACAGCUAUAUAUAUAUGUUUAUAACUCUCCACGUGACAGAGUGAGUUUCCGUCUUUUUGAGCUUGACAUGGAAGUGAAAGAAAGCUCGACGAAUCAUUAUGAGCUGUCUCUUUAAUAACUACUUGCCUUCGAUGUGAUACAAAAGUGAAUGAGUGAAACAGAUAUUCUCAUUAAAUAGGACACAUUGAUGUUUUCUGUAUGUGCCAUGUUGUUGUCAUGAUUAAAGGUACCCAUUAAGUCAAAAUCAUUUAAUCAAAUGAUUCCUUAUCUGAUCUGUAGAUCGAGAGCAUUUUCUUAAGUGGUUACCCUGUACAUAACUAUACAUUUGGUAAAAUAGACAAAGUUGAAAUAUUAAUUUCAUUUGGCAUUCAGCAUGUGAAUAUGAUUAUCGUUUGAUUGUGUCUGUAUAUUUGUUGGUGAUGUGCUCAGGUGCUCCCACUACUGAUUAAUGUGUGUGCUAAUAUCCUAACAAAAACACAUCUGAUAUUAAUGGAAAAAAAAAAAACCCUUGUCUGAAAAAAUAAAAAUCUAAUAAAAUUGAUUUCAAAAUAAAAAAUAAAGUACUUGGAAAUAUGUCUUGUUUCUAACUACAUGUUGCAUGCCGUGUUGGUGAUUUGCUAAUGUGUUCUUUUCUGUUCUACCCAAAUCUCUCUGGAAAAGCUAACAAACAAAUACAAAGUCUUAGGCUAAAGGUGGUAGAAAUUGACUUGAAAUACAUGAGAAUUGUAUUAAAAAUGCUUGUAAAUCUGUCUUCAGUUUUACUCUAUGUAAAAAUAUGUCUUGGUUUUGUGAUUGUAUACAAGAUGUAUCUUGAUAGCUUAUGCAGACUGUGCUGUAUAAAAAGGCUGUUGCCUCAGCCUUCCUAAUAAAUAUUGAAAAUGUCAA